GCGGGGGCCGCGGGGUUGGAGCGGGCGCGGGGGCGCGCGCCGGCCUGACGGACGGACGGACGGACAGACGGACGGAGCAGCCGAGGCGAGCGCGCAGCUCGGACCCGCCCGGACGCAGCGCUCGCCCGGCGGCGGCGGCGAUCACCGGCGCCGGUCCGGCGGCCGCGGCGCCCGCCCUCGCCCGCGCCCCAUGGGGUCACAGGUUUAACGGACCACGCACAAUAGGGCUGGACCGAGGAGCCUGGGUACAAACCAAAAGGGGUGAAGAACAGAUAUUUUCUGACGCCGAGGAAAUAUAAACAAAAGAAAGUUUGACUGAGAUUCUCAGCGAAUUUCCUCACGCUUUCCGUGCUACAAUCUCAGCGGCGCAUUUGUCGAGGAUUACAGUGGCAAGAUUGUUACCCGCAUUGUUUAAAGAAAUGCUAAUUAGGCAACGCGUUUUGCAAACUGCUGGGCGCGGACACCUGUGCACGGAGUGCUCACGCGCAUUUUAAUUGUGUCAGUUGUAGAAUCUUUCAUAUUGGAUUUAUUAUCAAAGCUAACUUUCCGUUUGGGUAACAGACUUGUGGAUUCACUCUAUGGCUGGCCCCGCACGCUGCAAGAAUGGAAAAUGAGUCUGUAGAACAGCAACACCAAGGCUUCCCCAUGAACAACCGGAAGGAAGACAUGGAAAUCACGUCCCACUACCGUCACCUGCUCCGCGAGCUCAAUGAGCAGAGGCAGCACGGCGUCCUGUGUGACGUCUGUGUUGUGGUCGAGGGCAAGGUCUUCAAGGCGCACAAGAACGUCCUGCUCGGCAGCAGCCGCUACUUUAAGACGCUUUACUGCCAGGUGCAGAAGGCGUCCGACCAGGCCACGGUCACACACCUGGACAUCGUCACGGCCCAGGGCUUCAAGGCCAUCAUUGACUUCAUGUACUCUGCCCACCUGGCCCUCACGAGCAGGAAUGUCAUCGAGGUGAUGUCCGCGGCCAGCUUCCUGCAGAUGACGGACAUCGUGCAGGCCUGUCACGACUUCAUCAAGGCAGCGCUGGACAUCAGCAUCAAGCCAGAUGCCUCGGACGAGCUUUCGGAGUUUGAGAUUAGUGCCCCUCCCGGCAGCAGCACGGAUGCGCUGAUCUCGGCUGUGAUGGCCGGAAGGAGCAUCUCCCCGUGGUUGGCUCGGCGCAUGAGUCCUGCCAAUUCUUCCGGAGACUCGGCCAUCACCAGCUGCCACGAGGGAGGAAGCAGCUACGGGAAGGAGGACCAGGAGCCCAAGGCCGAUGGUCCUGAUGACAUUUCCUCGCAGUCGCUGUGGCCUGGGGAUGUGGGCUACGGGUCUCUGCGGGUCAAGGAAGAGCAGAUCUCGCCGUCUCAUUACGGAGGGAGUGAGCUGCCUUCCGCCAGGGAUGGUGUGAUACAGAACUCUUUCUCAGAGCAGGCUGGAGGCGAUGGCUGGCAGCCCACAGGUCGAAGGAAGAAUCGGAAGAACAAAGAGACAGUCCGGCAUAUCACACAGCAGGUGGAGGACGAUAGCCGGGCCGGCUCCCCAGUGGCCUCCUUCCUUCCGACGUCUGGGUGGCCGUUCAGCAGCCGAGACUCAAAUGCAGACUUGACGGGGACUGAAGCCAGUAGCUCUGACAGUCGCGGGGAGAGGGCUGAGCUCUUUGGCCACGUGGACGAGGGUCUCCUGGGAGGAGAAGCCAGCUACCUGGGCCCGCCCCUGACCCCGGAGAAGGAGGAGGCCCUGCACCAGGCCACCGCCGUGGCCAACCUGCGGGCGGCGCUCCUGAGUAAGAACAGCCUGCUGUCCCUCAAGGCCGACAUGCUCCGGGACGACAGCUCCCUGCUGCUGGACUACCUGCCCAAAGGCACCCACUCCCUGUCCCUCAACGAGUUCACGGUGAUCAGGAAGAAGUUCAAGUGCCCCUACUGCAGCUUCUCGGCCAUGCACCAGUGCAUCCUCAAGCGGCAUAUGCGCUCCCACACGGGGGAGCGGCCCUACCCCUGCGAGAUCUGCGGCAAGAAGUUCACGCGGCGGGAACACAUGAAGCGGCACACGCUGGUCCACAGCAAGGACAAGAAGUAUGUGUGCAAGUUGUGCAGCCGUGUGUUCAUGUCGGCCGCCAGCGUGGGCAUCAAGCACGGCUCGCGGCGCCACGGCGUAUGUGCCGCCUGCGCGGGCCGAGGCGUGGCCGGGCCCCUGGACGGCGGUGGCACGGAGGGCUCCCCCGAGCUGUUCCCUGGCGACGGGCCCUACCUGGAAGACCCCGACGACCCGCGGGGGGAGGGCGAGGAGGAGCUGUGCGAGGACGAGGAUGAGGUGGGCCUGGCCCACGAGGACGCGCUGCUGGCGGCCGAGAAGGAGGACGAGGACUCGCCGCGGGGGCCCGGCAGCCCCCCGGGGGCGCCCGACAAGGACUUCUGGAUCUCCUAGGCCGCGGGUUGGGGGCGGGGGCGGGGGCGGCGCCACCCCUCCAGUGCGCACGCGUGCGUGUCCGUGUGCGUGCGUGCGUGCGUGUGCAUGUGCGUGUCCCUAGGAAUCUGCUCUCGCCUGGGGCCCGGCCACGCUGAGCCCCUUUAUUCUGCUCCUGCCCCAGACACACACACAGAAACCGGCCCCGCGGGGUCGGAAGCAGGCAUGACCCCAGCAAGUAAGGGCUCCGGGACCGGACAGGAUGUUGGGGGGCACAGGGUGGGUUUGAGCAGAGGGAGGGCACACGUUCCCUGGUGUCUGCGGGGACCAAGGGAGGGUCCCCAGCAGGGGCGCGUAGCUAGGGCACGCAUGAUGGCCCGAUGGCCGGGUCAAGGUCGGGGCUGGUCGGGGUCAUGAGCGUGGUCCCCGAGGCCACAGGUCCAAGGGGUGUUAAGGAAGGUGUUGCGUACACCCGAUGUCCAGUGCUGGAGUCUCCCCCCGCCCCCUGCUCUGCUCCCCCUUUCUCAGCAGCCUGGUCACUGCCUGCAGCCACCACCGCAGCCUUCUGCCGCUGCCGUGGCGGCCCGCGGAAUUCAGGUCCAGUGUACAGAAAGCCCCGUGGCCCUCCUGCCUCUGGGCUUUGGUGCUUCACAUACAACAGCUGCAGACGCCCCUGCCGGGGCCGAGGACUCCCAGGUGCUAUCAUCCGGUGGAGGCCGCCAGGUGGGGACCGACGUGCCACGCUCCUCUGGUGCAGGGCUCAGCGCGCCCCGCUGCUGGCCACUCAGGGCCCUUUGGGGCGCCUGGGCUCUUCGUUCCGCGUGCACUUCCUUGGGGAGCCCGGGGGCGGCCUCGUCCCCUCGCCUCUGCCGUCCUUCGUGCCCAGGCCCCUCCUGCCGGCCCCUCCUGGGUGCCCUUGCCUUGUUGCUGCUAACACUGGAGGUGGGGAUCCUGACAGCCGUGCCACCUCCCCGCGUGGGUAACCAAACUUUUUAAGUUGUCAGAGACAUAGUUGAGGUAGUUACAUAAAAUUAUUUUGUUUGGCAUUAUUUUUCUGACGUGACAAAACCUAGCGUCUUUCCUUCAGCUUGUCAGUCCUUCUGUUGUCUUUGUAGAUGAGCUCACCGCCUCUUUGUGAUCUGGUUUUUUCUGAGUGAAAAGCAAGGGCCCCGCUGUGAGGACCCUCCCCUGGGCCGCAGGACCCGCCCUGGUCUGUCCCCUUCCCCGGUAAGGCCGUCGCGGACCACACUUCACUACUCAGACAUUCCGUCCUGCGCCCGCACGGCUCAGGAGCAGGCAGGGCCCGUCCGGGCACGAGCCCCGCUGAGGGCAGUGUUUCUACGUUCUCUUUUUCCACGGACUGUAAGCUUCUACCAGGCUGGUCACCGUGUCCCAUCUAUUCUUUUUAGGUGGAAAAAGGAGAAUCCCCCGAGCCCCUAACUUAGGUUCCGGGGGUGGCCUGGAGCGCUCGCCUCCCUGGCUGCCGCUGGGGUGCCGGGGGCCUUCUGUGCGUGUUUUCAGUACCAUCGGUUAGAGGGCGUGGACAGAGCCGGCCACCGGCCGCCCGCGCCCCUGUCCCCCGAGGGGGCGUGGGGAGCCCUCGCGGGCUGCCCUGCCGGCUCUUCCUGACACGCGGGUGGGGGGUGGGGGGCGAGGCCAGUGCAGGGGCUCUGGGACCCACUUCCCUUGCUGCCUUUCUCCAGUGGGGCCCCGGGCUGCACCCCUCACAGGGCCCUCAGAACUGUGUACCUCCCCGACUUUCUGACCCCUUUUCUAAACAGACCUACUUUCUUAUAAAUGUAUUUGGAAACCAGACCUUUGCUACCAAUAGUGUCUCUGGGUUUUGUACCGGUCCCACCGCUCAGGCCGUCCUGCCCACACCCUGGGCCAUCUCUGCCUCCGCACUCAGGACAUCUCGCUCUUUCCGACCCGCUCGCUCCCUGCUUUGGACCACCCUUGCUGACCUUUUUGGAGGGUCGCUCUCAGUGCCACAGGGGCAUUUUCUUCCUUAAAACCAAUACUGUACUGGAAAACCGAGGGCCCCACUCCCGCCCACCAAGUUCGCAAGGCGUGUGCGCAGUUUGCCUCCGUCGACGGAAAUGAAGGCAUCCCCUCUCAGGAGGCGUGGAGGGAAAAGACGUGUAAUGAAGGGUUUUUUUACGUGACUGGUUUUUUUUUAAAUCAACGUUUAAACUAAUAAAUAUUUUUUUAUGAAGAGGAGAAAAAUGUGUAGAUUACAUUUCACGUUUUGUACUUUUUUGUUUGUGUCUGUCUGUAUUUUGGUGUUUGCAACACCCAAGUGGAAAAUGCAGUCCGUUGAGUGGUGAGUUCUUUGGGGUGGGGGGGGCAGGGAACCCGUAUGACUUUUGUAUCAAGCUCUGGAUCCCGACCAGGUUGUAUAUUUGGACUCUGGGUUUUGGGAAACAGUCAUAACACUGCCAGGACUGAAUAGGGACCUCGACUCAAGAGACACGGCUACUCCUUCCAACUUUGCACAUCUUCCUUUUUAAGAAAGAAACUGAGAAAAGGCAAAAACUGGAACUUUUUGCAAUAUGAUGAAAGAUAAUCUUAUUUUCGCUCAUUCUGUGACACGUGCAACGCUUAAGAAAGCCAUACUUACUGGUGGUUUUUAUUUUUUAGGUUCUAUAUUGUGUUUGUGUGUGUGGCCCUUUCAGAACCACUCGUAGUGAGGGUGCUGUGUGUGUGCUUUUCUGAAAUAUUUAUUUUUUCAACAUGCUUUCAACCUGUCAACAAAAACAAAACAAACAAGGGCAGUGUUUGAAAAUUGUUGGUUUUCUUUCCCUUGGGGAUAAUCUAUAUCAUAUCAACUUUAUAUUAUCAUAAACCUGUGUUUGUAUUGGAGAUGUGUUUAAUAUUUGGGAGAAGAGACUUCGGUGAUCGGCUGGCAGAAAAUCGCAGCUGUUGCAGUCCGUAGCCACAGGGCAGGUGGAUGGCACCUUCCUGUCUGCCGGGGCGAGCUCUGGGCCUGCCUGGGUCUCCUUCCUGUGACGGGUUAGCUUCGACCUUCUUGCAAAGCUUCCACUUUCAAUAAACUGGGAAAUUGCUGCUCAA